AUGCCGAAUUCUUGUGACCUUGCAGCAAUAAUAUUUGGUCAUUUGGUAGAUAAGGUAUGUUCUUUUUCUCUCUCUCUCUAUCUUUUCGGGGGAUUUCUCUCUCACUCUGCUCCCUCUGAUCUUUCUCAUCAUGAUUUCGGGCCAUCUCUCUCGACACCUUCGGGGGAUUUCUCUCUUUUUAUCUCUCUCUCUCUCUCUUCAUCCUACAGGGUGAAUUUUUUUUCGCUCUGUCUGUAUCUCUAUCACUUCGUCCUUUCGGAUGAUUUCUCUCUCUCUCUCGAGGUGAUUUCACUCUCUCUCUCUCCAUACUUUAGGGGUGAUUUUUUCUCUCUCUCACUCUCUCUCAUAUACUCUCUCUCCCUUAGGGGUUAUUUUCUCUCUCUCCCCUUAGGGUUAUUUCUUUUCUCUCUCCCCUUAGGGUUAUUUUCUCUCUCCCUCCCAGGGUUAUUUUUCUUCUCUCUCUCUCUCUCUCUCCCCCUUAGGGUUAUUUUUCUCUCUCUCUCUCUCCCCCCCUUAGGGUUAUUUUUCUCUCUCUCUCUCUCCCCCUUAGGGUUAUUUUUCUCUCUCUCUCUCUUUUUCUCUCUCUCUCUCUCCCCUUGGGGUUAUUUCUCUCUCUCUCUCUCUCUCUCUCCCCUUAAGGCUUUUCUCUCUCUCUCUCUCUCUCUCUCCCCCUUAGGGGUUAUUUUUUUCUCUCUCUCUCUCUCUCUCUCCCCCUUAGGAUUUUCUCUCUCUCUCCCCUUAGGAGUUAUUUUCUCUCUCUCUCUCUCUCCCCCUUGGGUUAUUUUUCUCUCUCUCUCUCCCCCCUCUAGGGUUAUUUUCUCUCUCUCUCUCUCUCCCCCUCCCCCCUUAGGGUUAUUUUUCUCUCUCUCUCUCCCCUCCCCCUUAGGGUUAUUUUCUCUCUCUCUCUCUCUCUCCCUUUUUCUUAUUUUUUCUCUCUCUCUCUCCCCCCUUAGGUUAUUUUCUCUCUCUCUCCCCCCUUAUUUUUUUUUCUCUCUCUCCCCUAGGGUUAGGGUUUUUUUCUCUCUCUCCCUAGGGUCUCUCUCUCUCUCUCCCCCUUAG